AGCAAUGGCGUGGGUAACGUUAGAGCGACACCUGGCUCAGCACCAUCUCGACUCGGAAAAACUCUUCUUUAAGAGAGCGCUCGAGGGACAGCAGUUAACCCGCAAAGCGCCGCGUGACAUAACGACAGGCAAGCGCGCGGCAGAGCCGGUUAGCCCCGCAGGCGCAGCUCCAGCGUCGCGCGCGUCAACAGAGCACACGCAACCUUCAGGCGCGGAGCGCGGCGCCGGUACCGCCGGACCGCCACGUGGUAUGGACCGCUCGAGCGGGGACCGUGUCCGGGUCUCCGAAACGCCCGAGCGUGCGUGCGUAAAACGCGACGCGAUCGCGGACGAAGAUGGCACUCGCGUGGUGCAGCACACCCGCGCUGACAGAGGCAACGUGAACGGGAACAAUAACGGUACCCCCGGAGGCUCUGCUUCAGGGCGUCGGAGAGGUUCGGGGAAGGGCACGAGCAACCUCAGCGCAUCCGCAAGUACGAGCGCGCUUUGUGGUCCGUCGCUCCGCGCCGGGGGGCGACGUCUGUCGUACCACGGGGACGUGCUGGAAGGACUCCAUCUGGACAGGUUAACACGGGGCAAGACGGGUGUGGUAAAACUCAUACGCAACGAGCGUCCGAGGAGGGAGGUGUGGUCCAUCUUCAUCCAGGAUGACCCCAGAGUGAAAAAGGAGCACGGGCAGGGACACCUUUUCGCCCCCGUGAAGGCCCUCGUGGACUGGUGCGACGCGUGCAGUCUCCGGAUAGAGAGCGAGGCGCUGAGAUGCAAAUACUGCAGCUACACCUGUCACCUGCACUGUGAAGGCCUUGUCCGGCUGGACUGCCACCAGGGAGAAAGCCAGACAGAGGGGACACCCACCAUCGCCCCCUGCAGGUCAUUCUCCAACACGCCUCCACUGAAGAACGCCACUAAGGAAGAUGAGGAUGAGAAGUCCCUCACAGAGGAAGAGAUCCAGGCCAAGAUAGAGGAGUACAACUCCAGAGUGUCCGAAAAUGGAAUGAAAUUAGCGAAAAACGGAAAUUACACUGGUUUUAUUAGGGUCCACCUGAAGCUCCGGCGUCCCGUGUCCUUGCUGCCACCCGACGGGAAGAACCCGGGGUUCAGCGCAGCGGCUGACGAGCGGGACAGCCGCACGUCCUUCUACAUGCCCAAUGAGUCUGUCAAGCAGCUCCACGUGAGCAGUAGCACCACGGUCACCGAGGUGAUCCAGGGCCUGCUUAAAAAGUACUUGAUGGAGGACAACCCUAGCAAGUUCUCCCUGUACCAGCAAACGCACCGCGACGGCCAGGAUCUCUUACAGAAACUUUCCGGUUCUGAGUACCCACUUGUCCUGCGGCUACUGGCAGGUCCUGACCCGGAGAACCUCACAUUUGUGCUGAGGGAAAACGAGACUGGAGACGUGGAGUGGCAUGCAUUCUCUGUGCCUGAGCUGCAGAACUUUCUAGCCAUCCUAGAGAAAGAGGAGAGGGAGCGUUUGAAUGUGGUGAGGCAGCGCUAUGUGAACUACAGGAAGAAGCUCCUAGAGGCUCUUCAGGAGGUCCAGAACAAGCCUGACUAGGAUGGGGCCAUACCCUGUCCCUCAGCCCACCUGGCCCAGCACGAGGCCCCCACAGACUCCUGGAAACUUCUCGAAGAACUCCCCAAACCCUCCAGUCAGGACUCCACAAAUGCCCUCAGCAUGCCUCUACAACACGACCUGUGCCCUACAGAGAUAGGACCGGGCACGGGUGCGUGGUGAGGGUGGGGUGUUACCAGAACAUGGGAGCAUGGGGGCAUGAAGGAUCAAAACAAGUGGGUCUCUCAGGAGACAAGUGGCACACUGGCAGAGGGUCUGAGACAGGGUUUCUGACUCACGCGGUUUGUAUCUUGGAAAAAAAGAUGCGUGUGUUUGCUUGUUUGUUUGUUCGAAUGAUUUGAAGUCUUGAGUCUGUCAAUUUUUUCUUUUUAUUGCUGCUGCUGCUACUGCAAGUGUGACUUUCUCAUCGGGAUUCAGCACUAGCAUCCCUGCCGUCUGGGUUCAGAGCGAGAGGGGGGAGGGGUAGUGGGUGCGACUACAGGAGGAGAAAUACAAUUUACAAGGUUAUAAGAGUCUGUGAUCCUAGAGGUGAAGAAGACUGAUGUAAAAGCUUAAAGCUCCAGGUCAAACACAAGUCACAUGGCCAUUAGGCUAACUGUAAAAAAAAAAAAUCAACACGCUUUUUUUUUUUCACUCACUCCUGAGAACAUCUUGGCUAAUACCGUUGUAUACAAUGUGCUGAAUUCACUCCCUAAACUUCUCACCCUCAAGAAAUCAACGUCAUUCGGUAGAAACUUCCUCGGUUACAUUUGCGUGUCACCCAAAUCAGCAGCUCCUCUUCAGCCAGCGGUGCCCUCCAACAAACAGAUAUUGUGUACCAUCCAUUGUCCAUGCAUGUGUGCAUUUAAAAAGCAUGACCUGAAGCAGACGUCUCGAACUGCAGCCUACAGAAAUGUGAAAUGAAGUGUUCAUGACUGUUAUAGAGAGAUUGGUCUGUGGGACUUGUCAGAGGAAGUGAGCUUCUCACCUGCUGUGGUGUAGCAUGAAGGCAUAUGAAAGCACCAACCUUAGCAUGCAGGUGGCACAUGAAACCUCUCUUCCCUCAACCUGAAGUUGAACGCCGCAAGAGAGCGUGCAGUUCCAUAGGUCUGAGGCCAGAAGGAUCAAGACAUACCUGGAGUCCGACUCGUAGAAGACUGCCUUCUUUUGGACUGGCUUGACAUUUAGCACCCAGUAACAUAUUUAAAGUAGAAAAACAGCGCACUGAACAUUAGCGUCUGAUCUAACGUCUGCGGUCCCACUGUGAGAGAAUUGGCAAAUGGGCAAAUGGAGGCUAUGGACUGUGAUUUCAUAAGAUGAAAAAAACACCAUAAAUGAUAUUACACCAAAGCUAAUUGAGACAUAUAGCCCUUGUAUUUUUAAAUUUUCUCUUAAAUAGUGGGGGAUAUGUCUGAAAAUGUAAAUUGCUUGUUGUUGAGUCUUCUAUCAUCCAUGCACCAACACACACCACUAAGUUAGAUGCUAGGAUGAAUAAGAAUCAUGUGUUGAGUGCCAUUUGUGUUUUUUCCCUCUAUUCUUCUGUUUUGGAAAAAAAA